UAGUGAUGAAAACAUUGCGUGAUGACGUACAACGGCGCAUGUCAUCGUCGGCCUUUUUCCACUCUGUCUCUACGCCGCCGAGAUGGCAGGAGGUGUGCGGAAAAAGUCUGCUGUUUCCCCGUCCCCGCUAUGGGGGAAACUUCACGCACUGUGGCAGGACAAACAUUUGGUCCUGUUCAAGACGGAAUACACGUUACUGGUCGUUUCAGUUUUAUGGUUCCUGGAGGUCGGGAUAAAUGUGUGGGUCAUACAGAAAGUAGCAUACACUGAGAUAGACUGGAAAGCUUACAUGGAUGAAGUAGAGGGAGUCAUCAAUGGUACCUACGACUACACCCAGCUUAAAGGAGACACCGGCCCCUUGGUGUACCCGGCUGGCUUUGUCUACAUCUUCACAGCUCUCUACUACAUCACCAGCCGUGGGGUGAACAUCCGUCUGGCCCAGUACCUUUUUGCUGCUUUCUACCUCAUCACGCUGCUGCUCGUCUUCCGGAUUUACAACCGAACCAAGAAGGUUCCUCCCUAUGUGUUCUUCUUUGUGUGCUGUGCUUCUUAUCGGAUCCACUCCAUCUUUGUGUUGCGGCUCUUUAAUGAUCCAGUGGCCAUGAUGCUGCUGUUUGCAGCUGUCAACCUCUUCAUGGAUGGACACUGGACCCUGGGCUGUGGCCUUUACAGUUUAGCAGUGUCUGUGAAAAUGAAUGUGCUCCUCUUUGCUCCGGGACUACUUUUCCUCCUCCUGUCUGAGUUUGGUCUAAUCCGGACAAUCCCCAAACUUUCUCUGUGUGCGGGCUUACAGCUUUUGCUGGGUCUGCCUUUCCUCCUGGAGAAUCCCAUGGGUUAUAUAAGCCGGGCGUUUGAUCUCGGCCGUCAGUUUAUGUUUAAAUGGACGGUCAACUGGCGCUUCCUGCCGGAAUGGUUCUUCUUGAAUCGGUACUUCCACUUCCUCCUGCUGGCCGCCCACCUGCUCACCGUGCUGCUCUUUGCUCUCCGCCGUUGGAAGAGGCCAGGAGAAAGUAUCUUCGAACUCCUCAAGGAGCCGAGCAAGAGGAAAACUCCUAGUCAGAAAAACACUGCUGAUCAGAUGGUGCUGAUUCUCUUCACCUCUAACUUCAUUGGCAUGUGCUUCAGUCGUUCGUUGCACUACCAGUUCUACGUCUGGUACUUCCACACGCUGCCUUACCUGCUCUGGAGUGGAGGAGUCAAGAAGCUGGCCCACCUGCUCAGGGUCCUGAUCCUGGGUCUGAUCGAGCUUUCAUGGAACACUUACCCCUCUACUAACAGCAGCUCAGCUGCCCUCCACGUCUGUCACCUCAUCAUCCUCCUGUGUCUGUGGCUGGCUCCGCCGCUGCCUCCAGCCCCAGCAGAACCACGAGAACACACACCCGUCAAAGACAAAAGCCAGUGACCCACAGCAUGAUUGGACCAGAACGUUGUAUUCAAGUCUAAUCAGCUGCCAAACAGCCUCCACCCCCCCCCCCCCUUUGAUCCUCAUAACACA